GCAAAGACCAAAAGGGAGUGAUAGAGAGAGAAGCGCCCUUGGGGUUUCGGGCUCAGAAAGCUUAGAAUUGCGGUGCGAAACGAUGCGUUUCAACAACAAGUAAAGACGUAGAAGAAGCUGUGCUGUCCCCACCUCGCUCCGUUUUGCUGCUUCCAAUUUCCAUCCACCGUCAUCGUCUUCUCUCUUCUCUCUUCUCCUUCUUCGCUUUGAAACACCCUGUUAGGUUUUCUCCACUGUUGCACUUCACCUUCCAUUUCGUCAUUCUGCAAUCUCGUUUCUCCACCAACACCACCGAUUUCAACAUUCUCCUGCAAUCAGAUAGAUAUGCUUGAUGGUUGAGUUCUGGUGUUCUUCAUGGCGUCCAAAGGUCCCAGGUUCAAGUUUGAUCAUGAAACCAAAGCUAAACGGCAAAAGACUCUUGAAGCUCCAAAGGAGCCUCGGCGACCCAAAACUCAUUGGGACCAUGUCUUAGAAGAGAUGGUGUGGUUAUCAAAGGACUUUGAGUCAGAGAGGAAAUGGAAAUUAGCUCACGCAAAGAAAGUUGCUUUAAAAGCCAGCAAGGGCUUCUUAGAUCAGGCUACAAGAGGUGAAAAGAAGAUGAAGGAAGAAGAGCAGCGGUUAAGAAAAGUUGCACUAAAUAUUUCCAAGGAUGUUAAGAAAUUCUGGACAAAAAUAGAAAAGCUGGUUCUUUACAAGCAUCAGAUGGUGCUUGAUGAGAAGAAGAAAAAAGCACUUGACAAGCAGCUUGAGUUUCUUUUAGGGCAAACUGAGAGAUACUCAACAAUGUUGGCUGAAAAUCUCGUGGAUUCAACCUCUGCCGAUAAACCAGCAGAGAAAAAUUCUGCAGAGCAUCACAUAGACUAUCAAUCAGAUGCACCUGAUCACGAUGAAGAAUAUGGUGUACAAUCUGAUGAUGAAUCGGAGGAUGAUGAGCAAACCCUUGAGGAAGAUGAGGCACUUAUAACUAAAGAAGAAAGACAAGAGGAAUUGACAGCUUUGCAUGAUGAGAUGAAUCUUCCGAUUGAGGAGUUACGAAAACGUUAUGCUGGAGAAAAAGGAGAAUUGGAAAGACCACAAAUUAGUCAAGAGCAUAGUGAAGAUGGCGCAAAAAUAGCUAGAACUGGUGAUGCAGAUGGUAAGGCAAGAUUAGCAUCAGAAAAUGGGGAUCUUUCACCUGUCAGCAAAAUUGGUACAAACGACUCCAGCGUGGUCCCGGGUCGACGUUGUGAUGAAAGUAAUGGUGAUAUAGCUACAUCAACAAACAAUCUAUCUGAAUACAAGGAUCGUCAAUCUGAAAAUCUAAAAGAGCCCAGUGAUACGGCCAAUGAAAAUUUUGCAUAUGAUUUUACUGAUGAAGAGGAAGAUGGUGACUUUUUGUUUGGCACAGAAGAUAAGGAUGAUGAAACAACUUUAUCCGAGGAGGAAAAACUGGAAUGUGUCGAUGCAAUCGAUCCCAAGGACGAGAUUGCAUUAUUACAAAAGGAGAGUGACAUGCCUGUUGAGGAGCUGCUUGCAAGGUAUAAAAAGGAGCAAGGUGAUGAUAGGGAAAGUGAAUCUGAUUAUGCUUCUGCUCUAUCAGAAGACCAUUGUGAUUCUUCAGUCCAGGAAGAUUCUGGACAGAAAGUUCCUGCUAUUUCUGUGGAUGAAGAAGUCAAGUCUGGUGAGCACCUGGCUUCUGUACAGUCCCAGGCAGAAGAACAAUGGGAAGAGCCUUGUGAAAAUUCAGAAAAAAAGGAAAGUGAGGAUAUAAUUGCUGAUGCAGCUGCAGCUGCAAGAUCUGCACAACCAACUGGAAACACCUUCUCGACAACUAAAGUGCGUACAAAGUUCCCUUUUCUACUAAAGUACUCUCUUCGUGAAUAUCAGCAUAUUGGAUUGGAUUGGCUUGUCACGAUGUAUGAAAAAAAGCUGAACGGAAUUUUGGCAGAUGAAAUGGGGCUUGGAAAGACAAUUAUGACGAUAGCUUUGCUCGCACAUCUUGCCUGUGAAAAGGGUAUUUGGGGCCCACAUCUAAUUGUGGUACCAACUAGUGUAAUGCUUAACUGGGAGACUGAAUUUCUGAAAUGGUGUCCUGCUUUUAAAAUCUUAACUUAUUUUGGAAGUGCAAAGGAGAGAAAACAUAAAAGACAGGGAUGGUUAAAACCAAACUCCUUCCAUGUUUGCAUAACUACUUAUAGAUUGGUUAUUCAGGAUGCCAAAGUUUUCAAGCGAAAAAAGUGGAAAUACUUGAUCUUGGAUGAAGCUCAUCUCAUUAAAAACUGGAAGUCACAAAGGUGGCAGACACUCUUGAAUUUCAAUUCAAAACGGCGGAUUCUCUUGACUGGUACACCACUACAGAAUGAUCUCAUGGAACUGUGGUCUCUCAUGCAUUUCUUGAUGCCUCAUGUUUUCCAAUCACACCAAGAGUUUAAGGAUUGGUUUAGUAAUCCUAUAUCAGGGAUGGUAGAGGGAGAGGAAAAAGUUAAUAAGGAGGUUGUUGAUCGCCUGCACAAUGUCCUUCGUCCAUUCUUACUCCGUCGGUUAAAGCGAGAUGUGGAAAAGCAACUUCCAAUGAAACGUGAGCAUGUUAUAUACUGUAGACUGUCAAAGAGGCAACGGAAUUUGUAUGAAGAUUUCAUUGCUAGUUCAGAGACCCAAGCCACUCUUGCAAGUGCCAAUUUCUUUGGGAUGAUUAGUAUUAUCAUGCAACUACGUAAGGUUUGCAAUCAUCCUGACCUAUUUGAGGGUCGUCCUAUUAUCAGUUCUUUUGACAUGUCUGGUAUUCAUAUUCAGUUAAGUUCUUCUGUUUGCUCCAUGCUUUCGCCUAGCUCUUUUUCAACAGUUGACCUAGAAGGGUUAGGUCUUUUAUUUACUCAUCUUGACCAUCGCAUGACUUCUUGGGAAAGUGAUGAAGUGCAAGCUAUUGAAACCCCUGCAACUUUAAUCACUGAACGCUCUGAUAUGGCUGAUCUAGAAGUAAUUAGUCCCGGACUGAAACGUCACAAAAAGCUGCAAGGAACAAACAUUUUUGAAGAGAUACAAAGGGCAAUUUGGGAAGAGAGGCUGAGACAGGCAAAGGACCGAGCAGCAGCUAUUGCAUGGUGGAACUCAUUGAGGUGUAAAAAGCGAGCCAUCUACUCAACGACUCUAAGGGACCUUGUAACCAUAAGGCAUCCUGUUCAUGAUAUUCAUCAAAUGAAGGCAAACCCUGUUUCAUACCUGUACUCAUCAAAGCUGGCUGACAUUGUUCUCUCCCCAGUUGAACGAUUUCAAAGGAUGACUGAUGUGGUUGAAAGUUUCAUGUUUGCUAUUCCUGCCACUCGGGCACCUUCUCCUGUUUGCUGGUGCAGUAAAAAUGAGACAACCGUUUUACUGCACCCAUCUUUCAAGCAGCAAUGUUCUGAUGUUCUGUCACCCCUACUGUCGCCAAUCAGGCCUGCUAUUGUCCGUCGGCAAUUGUAUUUUCCAGAUAGGCGUCUUAUACAAUUUGACUGCGGGAAACUCCAGGAACUAGCAAUUUUGUUGAGGAAAUUAAAAUCAGAAGGUCACCGAGCCCUGAUAUUCACUCAGAUGACUAAGAUGCUUGAUAUCUUAGAGGCGUUCAUUAAUUUGUAUGGUUAUACUUACAUGCGCUUAGAUGGAUCAACCCCACCGGAGGAGAGGCAGACUUUAAUGCAGCGUUUUAAUACAAACCCCAAAUAUUUUCUUUUCAUCUUGUCAACUCGUAGUGGGGGUGUUGGUAUUAAUCUAGUUGGAGCGGACACAGUUAUUUUUUAUGAUAGCGACUGGAAUCCUGCUAUGGAUCAACAGGCUCAAGAUCGGUGCCACAGAAUCGGUCAGACACGUGAAGUUCAUAUCUAUAGAUUGAUUAGUGAAAGCACUAUUGAGGAGAAUAUUUUGAAGAAAGCAAAUCAGAAGCGUGCACUUGAUGAUCUGGUUAUACAAAGUGGGGGUUAUAAUACUGAGUUCUUCAAGAAGCUUGAUCCUAUGGAAAUAUUUUCAGGUCAUAGAACACUUUCAAUUAAAAACACGCCAAAGGAGAAAAACCAGAACAAUGGAGAAGUUUCCGUAACUAAUGCAGAUGUAGAGGCUGCAUUAAAAUAUGUUGAAGAUGAAGCAGAUUAUAUGGCAUUGAAGAAAGUUGAACUGGAAGAAGCUGUGGACAACCAGGAAUUUACAGAAGAAGCCAUUGGGAGACUUGAUGAGGAUGAAUAUGUAAAUGAAGAUGAUGAGCCUGCAGAGUUAGGUGAAUCUGUUCCCAAUUUGAAUAAAGAAAAUGCAUUAGUAUUAAAAGAAAGUGAUCCUAAGGAAGAUAGACCUCCCUCUGUUUCCGCCAAGGAAGAUGAUGUUGACAUGCUCGCUGAUGUGAAACAGAUGGCUGCAGCUGCAGCUGCAUGUGGACAAGCUAUCUCAGCCUUUGAGAAUGAGCUACGCCCUAUUGAUCGGUAUGCCAUUCGGUUUUUGGAACUGUGGGAUCCAAUUAUAGAUAAAACAGCCUUGGAAUCUGAAGUCAGGAUUGAGGACACUGACUGGGAGUUGGAUCGCAUUGAAAAGUAUAAGGAGGAGAUGGAAGCCGAAAUUGAUGAAGAUGAGGAGCCUCUAGUGUAUGAAAGCUGGGAUGCUGAUUUUGCAACUAUGGCUUAUCGACAGCAAGUAGAGGCCUUGGCUCAACAUCAGUUAAUGGAGGAACUUGAAAAUGAAGCUAAACAGAAAGAGGAAGCGCUUGAAGAAAAUUUUGAUUCUAAAAAGAUUCAAACACCAGGUGAUUCAAAGUCCAAACCAAAAAAGAAACCAAAGAAAGCAAAGUUCAAAUCUCUGAAGAAAGGAUCUUUGACCUCUGGCUUGAGAUCUGUGAAAGAAGAGACACAAGAUUUAAGAAGAGACACUAGUCCGGAUUUUGUGUCUCCAAAUUCCGCUAUGCAGAAAAAACGGAAAAAGUCUAUAUUGACAAUUGAUGGUGAAGAAGAAAUCAGAUUUAAGAAGUCCAAAAAAUCCAAGAGGGAUCUUCCUGACGUCUAUUCUUCAGAUUUAGAAUCCAACUCAUUAGUUGUGCUAGAUGAACAUGCAGAAUCAAAGCCAUGUGAAACUAUGGUUGACUUGGAUCAGAAAACAGCUAGCAGGUGUAAGGUUAGAGGAAAAAUAUCCAUUGUUCCAAUGCCUGGGAAAUGGAUCUUCACAAUAAAACCUGAAAAAUCAAAGAAGGGGUCCAAAGAUUGUAUUCCAUCAGCUGAUUUUUGGCUACCUCAGGAGGAUGCAAUAUUAUGUGCCAUUGUUCAUGAAUAUGGUACUAACUGGAGUUUGGUUAGUGAAACACUUUAUGGAAUGACUGCUGGCGGAGCAUAUAGGGGGCGAUAUCGUCAUCCUAUCCAUUGCUGUGAGAGAUUCAGAGAACUAUUCCAAAAAUAUGUUGUGUUCUCGAUGGACACUGCAAAUCAUGAGAAGAUAAACAAUGCUGGCUCUGGAAAGGGUCUUCUUAGAGUUACAGAGGAUAACAUUCGGAUGUUGUUAGGUGUUGCAUCUGAGCAGGUAAAUAGAGAGUUACUACUGCAGAAGCAUUUUUUUGCAUUGCUUUCUUCUGCCUGGAAGGUUGCAUCACAUGUCAACCGGAGGCAAAAUCCAUCCGCCACCUGCAAUGGGCUCUCUUUUGAUCAGAGAUUCUUCACUUCCACUGGCCAGCAAUCACAAAAUUCUUUGAACAAACCCCCUGAAAGGAUGGCAUUUUCUAAUUUAGCCCAGAGCAAGAAAUUAAUAGCAGCUGCACUUGAGGACGCCGGAAGUAGCCAAGAGAAUGACAAAAUCGUCCCCUCUAACCUGGGUGAAGACAUGCCGGUGAGGGCAGAUCUACUAGAUAUAACUCUGGAGUUCCAGAAAGAGGACAGUGAUUCCUUAGUUUCAUUUCCACCUGCUAUAAAUUUAUCAAUAUGUGGGACUGAAACUGAAGCACCACCAUCUUUGAAAAAGCAAACAGUACAAUAUGAUCAUCUUAAAGUGUUCUUAUCUGCUGCUGAGGAUCGUUUCAGGGAAGCAGCAAGAGCAUGUGAAGAAGACAGUUCUGGAUGGGCUUCUUCAGCAUUCCCGACAAACGAUGGAAGGUCUCGAUCUGGAUCCAGGGUACAAUCUUCUGCAAAGCAAAAGUCGGCUGUUUCUGAUUUAACUAAGCCGUCUAGGUCGAAGUCCAGAAAAGCUUCGCUUGAUCCAAGUGAACAUCAUCAGGCCAGGCCAUUGUUAGAGUCAAUGCCAUCACUGAAGGAUCUGAGGUUUGAUAUGACUUCGUUCUCUACGGGCGAAUUUGGAAUAGAUAUGGAUAGCAAUCUCCCUUUUGAUUUGAAUGGGGAAAGUUCAUUUGAAACUGAAAAUUUUGAAGUGGUCCCACAUGGUUAUGUAGAUGGUUUAAUCUCAGGCCUUGAUGAUUGUACAGAAUUUCCUGAAUAUACUGACAUAAGAUAGAACCAAACCAAGCCUAAAUGCAGUUUAAAUGACCCUUUUACAUUGAAGUUCUGGCAUAAUCUUGGCAAGUUAGUCUUGGUCAGUUCAUAAAAUACUGUGGGCCCACAACUGCAACCAUGCCUUCUCUGUUGUUGAUGUGGGCAUGCCAUUUUUGGACAUACAGAUACAAAAACUUUCCAGCUAGUUUAAUCUAUGAAGUAACAUUGGAGGGGGAUUCUAGUAAGACUGCGGAAGGUUUCAGGAUAUAAAAAUAUAUAGAGAUGAAGAAUGCUGUCAAUUUUAUUUAUUACCAGGAAUUUUCCGUUGGUUUGGGCUCCAGCUUGAAUUUGACAGCACCAUUUUCCCAUAGGAGAGCAACUUAGGUACUAAUUGGCGUCAAUGAGAAGAUGUGAAAACCCUUCAUUUCUGUUUCUUUUUCUCUCUUGUGGCGCAUAUUGAUGUGCCUGGGAUACUGUGUAUGUAUGCGUACAUGUUUUUAGCAGGACAUGCCUGUGGUUUAUUGCAAAUUUGUCAUGCUGUGGCUGUUCAUUGUUCCCAUUUAGAACAUUUAGAAUAUUUUAACAUGAGAAAAUUAGUUAUACCAUCAGUCAUUUUUUUA